ACCAUGGUUGGUCUACCGGGUGUUGAAAAGCUCAAUAAAUCAUCUGCCAGCAGAUGUUGCACCUUGGCGGUUGUGAUGCAUAUUUUGAGCAACAGGCUGCAGCAGAGGGAUGAAAGAGCCACAUGCGGUUCCAGAGUCGCGGGUUGCUGCCCCCUGGACUAGAACAAAACUGUAGAAUAACUAAUUUGAAUUCAAGCUAUAGAAAACGGCAAAGUUUAUAACAAUAUCAACUUAAAUGAACUUAUGGUAAGGCUGAUCAAUAGAGAGGAUUCUCUGAAGGGAAGAUGGUAUGGAUGGUCAAGAAAUGUGAUGAUUCUAAUAACUAGUUUUGGUAGCUAUGAAAUGGCUAGCUUAAAUGACAGCUAGACAUCAAAUGUCUGUAACCUUUACUGGAUGAAAAAAUGCAUUAAAGAGCAAAAUGUUUUGAACUAAAGCAUCUCAAAUGAACUAGCUUACAAAACACAUCCAAAAUUAAGAGGUGACUUGUGGCAUUGAAAUUUGGCCAGUUUUAAAAAAUAUUUUAUGACAUAAAACUUAGCAUAAAGCAUUUAUGGCACAAUACAAAAUGUCAUAAAACAUUUCCUGUAGUUAAUUUUUAUUAUUGUACUGUACUAUAUAGUUCACCAUGGGCUACUCUUAAGGCAGAUCCAUCUCUGAAUAUAUCUCUGAAUUUUUAAGAACUUUUCAAGUAUAUACUGUAGGUAAUUCUCACUUAACAACUGGUCAAAUUAACAAUCUCAGAUAGGCUGCGUUACAUCUUGUAAAGCACUCCCGCAAGUACCCCUAAGGUCACAUGAUUGCAAUAUGGAUGUUUCGCAAUCUGUGCACCUAUGACAGGUACAAUCCACAAUCAUGUGAUCACCAUAUGCAAUCUUUGCCAACUUCCCCAGAAAGUCAAUGGUGAAGCUGGUAGGGAAGCUGCAAAUUGCUGCCCCCUGCUGAGAUAAUUCUUCCUGUCUCUGGGACUGGCUGAAAGAGCUCCCUACCGAAACUUUCAGCUCACCUGCUGAAAUCCAAACAGUCACUGCACUGAAAUCCUCCUUUCUCUGCAUCUCACCAUCUGUGCAGGCAGAGAAAAAAAAAGGAUUUUAUCUCCAUUUGUUUGCAUAAUGAGCCCUGUUAACAACUGCUACUGAAAGUUCAGUCAUUGACUGAAGAAGUCACAUGAUGUCUUGCUUAACAAUUGAUUUGUUCAACAAGUAAGAUUCUGGUUCCAACCAUUCUGGUUGUUAAGCACAGACUACCUGUAUUAAAAGCUCUGCCAUUGUUGAAGAGAUUGAGGAAUAUGGUAAGGAGGAAAUAUUUCUACAACAAUGACUCAAGAGGUUAUGGGUUGUCUUAUAGGGAUAGUUUAGGAUUUUUACAGGGCCUUCUGUCCUGUAUUCUACUCCAUUAUUUUGAAGCACCCAGCAUAAACAAUUGCCAAGAUGCUUGACAUUUUUGGGGAUUAUUGAAGUGUACACAGAUAGUUCUCAUUUACUGAUUGCAUAGUUUAGUAACCAUUUGAUGUUACAACAGUAUAUGUAUAUAAAAAACCUGUGUGACCAAUCCUCAAAUUUAUGAUUAUUUCAGUGUCCUGAAGUCACAUGAUCACCAUUUUGAACCUUGUUCUUAAUUAUGUUUUCUAACUCCUUUUAGUUAGGAGUUUAUCUUAUUGUAAACUGUCCAGAGUCACUAAGGUGGAAUACGUCGUGUAGAAGUUUAAUAAAAUAAAAUAAAAUUUGCAUGCCCAACCAUCUUGCAACAAGCAGACUUAAUGGAAAAUAUGGAAGUAAAAUCAUAAAUGUGAUUCGCUUAAUCACCAAAUGGAAAAUGUUGCCUGUUCGUUGCAGCUACCGGUACGUAAUUUUCUGCUUAGCAACUGAGAAGAUGAUCCAAUUGUGGUUACUAAGCGAGGACUACCUGUACAUUUUUCUUUCAAGUCAAAUUUCUUCAAGACUGUCUAAUUUGAGAUUAUUCAAAGGAGGACUGAGCAACAUGCUAUUCCAGUGUUCUUUGCCUGACACUAUAGAGACUGUUGCAGAUGAACCACGUACUGUUCUUCUUCGUUUAUAUGGUGCAAUUCUGCAAAUGAGGUCCUGUAAUAAAGGAGGAUCUGGACAGGCUCAAAAGGAGAAUGAUUUACAAGGUGCAGAAGCUGUUGUUCUGGAGAGUGUUAUGUUUGCCAUUCUUGCAGAAAGAGCUCUUGGACCAAAACUCUAUGGAAUCUUCCCACAAGGCCGUCUGGAGGAAUUCAUUCCUAGCAGAAAGUUGGAUACCGAAGAACUAAGCGUGCCAGAUAUAUCAGCAGAAAUAGCUGAAAAAAUGGCUAAAUUUCAUGGGAUGAAAAUGCCAUUUAAUAAAGAACCUAAGUGGCUCUUUGGAACCAUGGAGAAGUACUUGAACCAAGUCAUGAGAAUCAAGUUUACCAGAGAGUCACGUGUGAGAAAACUGAACAAGAUUCUCAGCUACAACUUGCCUCAAGAAAUGAAAAACUUAAGAUCUUUACUUGAAGCUACUCCAUCUCCAGUUGUGUUUUGUCAUAAUGACUGCCAAGAAGGAAAUAUCUUGCUUCUUGAUGGCAGAGAAGAUUCUGAAAAACAAAAGCUGAUGCUUAUUGACUUUGAAUACAGCAGUUACAAUUAUAGAGGGUUUGAUAUUGCUAAUCAUUUCUGUGAAUGGAUGUAUGACUAUGUGCAUGAAAAAUACCCAUUCUUCAAAGCGAACUUCAUGAACUAUCCCACGAAGAAGCAGCAGCUCCAUUUCAUAACCAGUUAUCUAGCUGCAUCUCAAAGUGGAUUUGAAAAUCUGAGCCAUGAAGAUAAGUCCAAAAUAGAAGAAGAUAUGUUGGUUGAAAUAAACAGGUUUGCUCUUGCAUCUCAUAUCUUCUGGGGUCUGUGGUCCAUUAUACAGGCAAAGAUAUCAUCUAUUGAGUUUGGAUACAUGGACUAUGCACUCUCCAGAUUUGAUGCCUACUUUGAGCAGAAGAGGAAACUCAAAGUGUGAAGGUUGAAGACUGGACACUCAGUCACUGUACUGUAUAAGGAAGGCAGCUGGGCAGAAAUUCCACUGUGCUUAGGCUACUGUAGUUGUAAUGAAGGUUUUGCAAAUUCCAACUACUCGGAUGCAAUGCUGAAGACUGCACAAAAUGGCUGUUUACUUUUUUACAGUUUCAUAAGUCUCUGGAAUGCAAAUUGAUAGCUGAUGGAUAAUAUAACAGUGCAAUAUCAAAUGUUUUAAAUCUAGAAGGUAUUAUGAGGGAAACCUUGAGUGUUAAUGUGAACCAUCCCUUAUUUCAAAAGCAAGAAGUGUUAACUGUGGGUAUCUAUUUUUUUAACUAACAUAUUUUAUUGACAAUGCAUUAUAUAAACUACCAAUUAAGGGGGAAGUUCCAAUUCAUUCUCAUUCAUUCAUUCAUUCUCUCUCUCUCUCUCUCUCUCUCUCUCUCUCUCUCUCUCUCUCU